CUGCUUUCAUUUCACACGUAUUCAUCUAUGGCUCAAUGCUUAUUUGUAGAUUAAUUACUGAAACAUUCUAUUUAUAGAAGUUUUUUGUUGUGCCCGUUUUAAAAGCUACUUAUUAGAGUUAAUAUGUUAUAAAAUAUUGUGGUGUACAUUUGUUUCUUAUCUCUGGGUACUGUUGGGCAGAUUUUUGAGACUUUUGAUAUGGGUAAGUGACUACAGGACUUUAAUUGGUAUGUAAUGUUGUAGGAAUUGGCAGUUCUAACAAAGAACUUUAGUGGAGCAGAGUUGGAAGGUUUGGUGCGUGCUGCACAGUCCACGGCAAUGAACCGUCUUAUUAAGGCUGCUAGCAAAGUGGAAGUCGAUCCUGAAGCUAUGGAGAAGUUGUUGGUUAAUCGAUCAGACUUCCUUCAUGCUCUUGAAAAUGAUAUCAAACCCGCCUUUGGAACAAGUGGUGAAGUGCUGGAACAUUUCCUUGCUCGUGGAAUAAUUAACUGGGGUACUCCUGUAAGCAGUAUCCUAGAAGAUGGAAUGUUGUUCAUACAGCAGGCCAGGGCUACAGACACGUCAGGUUUAGUUUCUGUUCUUCUUGAAGGCCCACCAAACUCUGGAAAGACAGCUCUUGCUGCGCAACUCGCAAAAAACUCAGACUUUCCUUUUGUGAAAGUUUGUACACCAGAAGAAAUGGUUGGCUUCACUGAAUCCGCCAAAUGCUUGCAAAUAAGAAAGGUAUUUGAUGAUGCUUACCGCUCGCAGUUGAGCUGUAUAUUGGUGGACAACAUUGAACGUCUUCUUGAUUACGGUUCAAUUGGUCCUCGUUAUUCUAACCUUACGCUGCAGGCACUCCUUGUUCUUUUGAAAAAAGAACCCCCAAAAGGACGGAAACUAUUAAUUCUUUGUACAAGCAGCAGGAGGCAAGUGUUAGAAGAUAUGGAGAUGUUGUCAGCAUUUACAGCUGUUGUUCAUGUUCCAAACCUUUCACAACCAGAUCAUUUAAUGGCUGUUCUUGAAGAAUCAGAUGUUUUCACCAAGAAGGAUUUGUCAGCGUUAUCUCGGAAGAUUCAUGGGCACAGGGUGUUCAUUGGCAUCAAGAAAUUGCUGGCUUUGAUUGACAUGGCUCGUCAGACAGAGGAGCCGUACAGAGUUAUAAAAUUCCUUUCUAAACUUGAAGAGGAAGGAGGUUUGGAUAUGGGCUCCUCAAUACAGUAAGCACACAUUUUGUGGGUAAGGAGAAAGUUGUAUUUGUGUUCAGUUACUUUCUUCAGUAUCCGUUGUGAGGGAGACAGAACUAUUAGGAAAAUCAACAUUGAUUUAAAAAGGAGAAUAACUCCAGAUAUAAGUAAAUAUUCCAUGGUUAUUCCAGUUCUGCAUAUCUAAAAACAGGAAGAAACUAUGAUCAGUAAAAAAUAUGUAUUUUUGUUCAUUCUUGUGGUUUAAAUCUUAAUGCGUCUUGGUAAAGUCGUUAGAAAUAUUGACUAGAAGUUUAAUUAAUUGGAAUUUUUGUAUGUAAUGAAUUUCUGUCCUGUUGAAGGUUAUCUUUAAAUAAUGAAGGUGUAAAACUUUUCAUUAGUCGAGUGUAAUUCUGUGAAAAGAUAACACAUAGAUACAGUAAGAUGUUAACACCAGUCUUGAUAUUUGCCAUUUCAUGGUAAAUUAGAUUCCAUUAAUAGUACAUUUCCUUUUAGAUUUAUCCCAGAAUAUAAACACUGUUUUGUGAUAAUUGUAUUUAUUUAGACUCUGUUUAGUCUUGAAAGACUUCAAUUCUAUAUCGUUGUUGAUGUAUAGUUAAAUAUGUUAUUGAUGUAAAAUUCAUGAUGGGGGUAAUGUGGAGAUAAAUCGCUAUGCAAACUUUUGCUGUAGGCAAAUGUGAGAACCAUAAAUGUAAAUGUUCCAGUUUUCAUAGUGUGGAAAUUUUUAUGAAAUGUUAAAAGAGUUUUUGUCACUGUAGCUGUAGUAAGAAGAAUGCACUCUUGCACUUUCACGUAACCCCCAUCAUAUAUAGAUGAUGUUAUUUAUGAAGAUUGCUGUC